AUGCUCGACGAGGAACGCUUGACUGAGAUUCCAGCAAUCUGUGGACUGGGUGUUUCACAGGUUUCCUUGGACUCGAGUAUUCCUUCGGCUAAAGCAAAGGCCGUCGAGAAGGCUGUCACUCGAAACUCCAUGGUUCCCAACAAGACAUAUGGUCUAGCAGGCGACAUCGAUGGAGGAGAACCAUGGAUCGCAAAUCUCCGGAUUGGAGACUUCAGGUCCUCAAAGCUGGGCCAACUGCCCCGUGUCUCACGCGACAAACAGACUCGCACUGACCUGGACUCAAGCCUGUGUUUGGCGCUCUCCUUAUUGGUUCUUGAAAGCACUAUCAUCAGUACUCCCGUUGUUGAAAUUACAGAUGCCUUGGAUCUAUUUUUAUAA